GAGGCCUUUUAUAUUUCCUGGAGCUGUCUUUGACCAAAAGAAACUUGCUUACACUUGGGAUUUGGGUUGUUUUAUUUGAUUUUUUUUAGACCUUGCAUUACAACAUGCUAGCCUUCUCUUUUUUUUUUUAUAAUAUAUUUCGAGACAUAUGAUAGGGUCAUGUUUGUUUUUUUGUUUGGCCCGAUAAAAAAAGGCCGAAAUGAAGUAUUGAAUUUGGAUCUGUGGCCAGUCUGACAGGAAGCAAACUUUCGUCUAACCGGAAUCCACAGCAUUUGUACCGCUUCUGUUUUUUUUCCUCUCUCUACUCUGUUUCUGUUUCUUUUGCGCUGUACAGUGCAGUCCAACCCUGAAGGCAGCAGGCUGCCGUCUCUCAGUGUCGCUGAUCUGGUCAUGCUCGUCGUCUGAGCCACGCUGUUGACAUGGCGGCAGCUCUCAGGAGCGGCUCGUCCUGUGCUGCUCCUGAAGCUCAGAAUCGGCGUCUCUCCUGGGCUGUGCUAGUCCUGACCCUGGCUGCCGUCACCUCGUCGUCCCUCUCUGUCCUCUCGCUGUACCACAUCCUCGCCCUGAAGGCCGAGGUGGUCGGCCUCCAUGCCGAGCUGAGCCGGAGGAGGAGCGAGCAGCAGAGCGUGUCCAUACAGCGGCUGGCCGGACGGCCUCAGGAACCUCAGGAGACCCACGCUGGAAAGAAGAAGACUCUGGAUCCCACAAAUAGUAAACUGAACUCCAAACCCAGUGCAAAUAUUCUCCCAUCUCAGCCAGUUGUGCACAACAUAAAGAAGAGGUCUUCUGAAAAAGUGUUGCAGCCCUGUUUGCAGAUGAUGGCCAACAGCAAUAGAGGGCUCACCCUGCAAGAAGAACACACGGUCCUUCCCUGGCUGACCGGUCUCAAGCGGGGGAUCGCCCUGGAGGAGAAGGAGGGCGCCAUCCUUGUCAAGGAGGAGGGCUUCUAUUUUGUGUACAGUCAGGUGUUUUACAUGGACACGACCUUUGCUAUGGGUCACUUUAUCGUCCGAAAAAAGCAGAACAUCGUCGGCGAUGAACUGAAAAAAGUAAUUUUGUUCCGCUGCGUUCAGAACAUGGACCCGGACUAUCCUUACAACACUUGCUACACAGGAGGCAUCGUCAAACUGGAGGUGGGAGAUCGCGUCGAGCUGCUGAUCCCCCGCAAAUCUGCCAACGUGUCUCUAGAUGGGGAUUCCACUUUCCUUGGUGCCAUCAAGCUGGUGUGAUUGCACAUCCCUUAGGAUGCUCCUAAGGGAAGGGAACUUCUGCAGUGCUCUGCCUGAAACAUGCGGCAAAAGCUCACGGAGGCUGCAAGCUGCGUUUUAUUACUCAAGUGCUGUGUGGUCACUGCCCAAACGCAGCACGAGACCAAUUUCUCAACUGAUCCCUCGUCCACUGGCAGACCACACCCUUAAUUAAAGAUUACAGCCCCUGUGUCCGUGGCAAGACUGCAUGCUGUAAACGAGGGGAGAAAGCAAGUACUAGUCAUCAUUUUAACUAUAUUGAUGUUUUCCCCGAAAGACAUACAAUAUCAUAAAGGCAUAUAAUAUCUAUAAAAUUAUAAAAAUGCUUAAAUUUCCCUGUUUCUCUGCUCUCUUAGUAUGGUCAAUAUUUUCAUUAAAAUUGCAUUUUGAGACAUGAGAGUAAAUGGGAGAUAACUGGUCAGUACAUUUGAAUGAAAUUUUAGGAUUUCCAUUUAAUAUCUAAUUUUAUUGUAUUAUUGGACACUUUAUUGUAUAAAGGUUGUAUUUGACAAGUGUAAUGGUUCAAGCAGUGGACUGUAAUGACCUCUGGGUGCUAGGUAUGAAAGGUUGUCUUGUUUUGUAUUUUGUAUGUAAUUUUUUAUAUUAUUUAAAUGGAAAUUUUUGUUCUGGAGGAAAUUGCAGCUUCUCUUACAGUAUAUAUUGUGUUAUCUAAGAUUUUGCUACUUAGAGCUUGAAUACUUUUGUAUAACUUUUGGUAGAUAUUCUACUUGCAAGCUGCCUGAGCUUUAGAAAUCAAUUACAGAUGACGGUACAUUAAAGAAAAUCGAAUCUUCCAUAAGUAUGGAAAGAAAUGUUGGAGCAAUGGGGAAGACUGCACCUUAUUAUGCUGACGAGGUCACUGUACACUGCAUGUUAAAUCUGUCAUUCUUAAACUUAUAAGACGUUUUCUAAUCUUUUUGAUAUAUAAAACUUGCUCUGGAGCAAUUUUGGUGAAACUUCAAAAAACAACUAUAAGAUUUUGUUUCUGCAAAAAUAGCUCAUCAAAGUUAGCAUUUAGCAGGAGGAAGUGAAUUGGAUUGUAGGUUAUACUUGCACAUUAUUAAAACAGAUCAAGAAUAA